UCAAGGGCAACUAGGGAUGGAGUGAAUGUUUGUGGAUGUGGUGCCAAUCAAGCAGCCUGCUUUUGACUUGGGCAGUGUCAAGCUUUAAGCUUCACUAUGAGGAGCUAGGUACCAAAUUAAGAAGCAGAACCUCAAAGCACCAGCCUCACGAAGAGAUUCCAGCCAAGAAACUCCGACUGACGAAACCCAGCAAAUCGGCUGCCCUCCAUGUCGACCUGUGCAAAUCCACAAAUCCCACAGAAGCCCUGCAGUAUCUGCUGCAGUUUGCAAAGAAGCCUGUGGAGGCAGAGAGUGUGGAGGGAGUUGUUCGCAUCCUCCUAGAUCAUUAUUAUAAGGAGAACGAGAGCUCGGUCAGAUUGAAGAUUGCCUCUUUGAUUGGGUUGUUGUCGAAAACUUCAGGCUUUGCAGCUGACUGCAUCAUAGAUGAUGUCAUCAUCGCCCUUAACAAUGAAAAGUCUCACCACGUCCUUGCCCAGUUACUGGAUACUAUUUUGGUGAUUGGCAUUCAGCUCCAGGACAAUCUGCCUCUCAGCUUCCGUUUGGUGGAGAUUGGAUGUAAGCACUUGGUGGAUACAUCCCACAUGGUGCGCAAUAAAUGUUUGCAGCUGAUUGGUUGCCUGGGCUCCCUGGAUAAAGCAGCGAUGAAGGAGCUGGAAAGCCUUGCUGCCAGAGAUGUGCAGAAAAUCAUCAGUGACUCUUUCACCGACCAGGAUCCUCGUGUUCGAACAGCUGCGAUGAAAGCCAUGUUGCAGUUGCAUGAACGGGGAAUGAAGCUGCAGCAGAUCAUCUACUCCCAGGCUUGCAAGGCAUUGUCGGACGACUAUGAACAAGUGCGCUCUGUGGCCGUGCAGCUGGUGUGGGUCCUCAGCCAGCUCUACCCCGACAGUAUAGUUCCCAUUCCGUCGUCCAAUGAGGAAAUUCGCCUGGUCGAUGAUGCUUUCGGGAAGGUUUGUCACAUGGUGAAUGACGGAUCCUGGUUAGUGAGAGUGCAAGCAGCCAAGCUGUUGGGAUCCAUGCGCCAAGUCAGUGUACAGUUUCUGGAGCAGACCCUUGAUAAGAAAUUAAUGUCUGAUCUGAAGAGAAAGCGCAGUGCCCACGAGCGAGCCAAGGAACUGUACACAUCGGGCGAGUUCUCCAGCGGCCGUAAGUGGGGAGACGAUGCCCCCAAGGAAGCGGUGAACACCUACACGGUCAACCUGAUCAACUCCGGGGCCUGCGGAGCCUUCGUUCAUGGGCUGGAGGAUGAGAUGUACGAGGUCCGUAAUGCAGCCGUGGAAUCACUCUGUAUGUUGGCUCAGGCCUCUGCCUCUUUCGCUGAGAAGUGUCUGGAUUUUUUGGUGGACAUGUUCAACGAUGAAAUUGAGGAGGUGCGGCUGGGGUCGAUACACGCUCUGCGCAAAAUCUCCUGUCACAUCCGACUGCGUGAGGAUCAGCUGGACACUGUGCUGGCAGUGCUGGAGGACUCUUCCCGUGACAUCCGAGAAGCCUUGCACGAGUUGCUGUGUUACACAAACGUGUCGACGAAGGAUGGUAUCCACUUGGCUCUGGUCGAGCUUCUGAAGAAUCUGGCAAAGUAUCCGACCGAUCGGAAUUCCAUCUGGAAAUGUCUCAAGUACCUUGGAAGCAGGCACCCCACUCUGGUGUUGCCGUUGGUCCCAGAGUUGCUCAGCACACACCCAUACUUUGACACACCAGAACCAGACAUGGACGACCCAGCUUACAUCGCAGUGCUGGUGCUGGUAUUUAAUGCUGCCAAGACCUGUCCUACUAUGUCAGCACUCUUCUCUGAUCACACAUUCCGACACUAUGCUUACCUACGUGACAGCCUCUCCCACCUGGUGCCACCAUUGCAGUUGCCAGGCAGGAAGAUGGUGACUGUCUCAGAUUCUACCAACCUUGCAUUAAGUGAAGACUCGUCCCGGCAGUUUGUGCAGCAAAGCCUUGACCGAGUUCAGAGUAUCCAACAUCUAGAUGCCCAAGGAGCUCAGGAUCUUCUGAAGUUAACAAUUCGUGACCUGCAGAGACUGGGAGAGCUACAGCCAGAGCUGGCAGGAAUAGCAGAGUUUUCUGCCACAUAUUUGGAGUGCCAGCUCCUCCUUAUGAAGUCUCUUCAGGAGAAGCUGUGGAACGUGGCUGCCCCACUCUAUCUCAAACAGAACGCCAUGGCCGCUGCUGCAGCUAAGAAGAUUCUGGAGCACACGUACAAGCUGGAGUUCCUGUACAGUGGCCUGGAGAGUAGACACAUCGCAAUCAUUCACCACAUGCGGCUGCAGGCUAAAGCGCUGCAGCUCAUUCUGACUGCUCGCACUACGAGAGGGAUGGAAACCCUGAUAAACAUGUGUGAGAAGUUUUUGCAGGAGAUUGAAACCUUUCCCAGAUAUUUUGCGUCAGAACUCCAGUACUUGCAGGAUAGCUUUGUUGAGAAGCUGCUGGAAGUUAUGCCAAGACUCGUGGCCUGCAAGCCAGCGGAGAUGGUGAAGAUCCUUCAGACCACUCUACGGCACAGCAACUUCCUCCUCCUAGAACUCCCAGAGCAGGUGCACCAGGCCUCUGCAACUAUCAUUGAGCCAACUGGAGAGUCUGACAAUCCCCUGAGGUUCACAUCUGGCCUGGUGGUAGCCCUGGAUGUCGAUGCCACCUUAGAACACGUCCAGGAUCCCCAGAACACUGUUAAGGUGCAGAUCGUGUAUCCCGAUGGGCAGGCCCAUGUAAUCCACCCCAGGCCGGCUGAUUUUCGGAAUCCUGGGCCUGGAAGACACAGAUUGAUUACACAAGUCUAUCUCUCGCACACCGCCUGGACAGAACCUUGUCAGAUAGAGGUGCGAUUGCUGCUGGCCUACAGUUCGAGUAGGAGCAGGACGUCCAGUUUGAGUCCGGCCUGCAGAGCAGCCUGGAAUGAUAGCAUGGAUGGUUUACCGCAGACGGAUAAUGUCAUUGAGGGCACCAUUAAUCUCAGCAAACACGUCAAGGUCUACCUCAUGCCCAAGACGGCCAGGCGUUGAGGAUCAGUGGUGCUGGGGAGAAGCAAGAGGGGAAAAAAAAAAAGGACUCAACCGAGCUAGAGAAAGCAGCUAAAAGACGAGAGUUUCGCAGUAUGUGAACCAGUCGACGGGAGCAACUUCCCAGCCGUGACUUCACACAUUGCGGCGUGCAGAGAUUGUAGACCAUGAGAGCAACCUCGGAUGUUACUCAUGAGUACUGAGAAGUCCGCCUCACCUAACUGGCAACAGGAAUGUCGAAACCAAACGAGGUCAACAAACCCUUAGACAAUUCUGGUGCUGCCUUUCAAAUAUUUCUCAGCUCCAUGCUGUUCCAAAUCCUGAACUGUCCUGGCAAAGGUGAGAGACUGACCAUUAAUGAGGAACUGUGUACAUUUUUGGAAACGAGUAUUUUUGGAACAACUGACUUUUUUUUCCUUUUAUUGAAGGUUUGAUAUGAACGUUUUAA